AUGCUUGCUAAAAUAUACCAAACUUAUGGUAAAACAUGGGGUGAAAACACCCUCCACAUGAGGAGGGCUUCCCUCCCAGCACUAGCGGGAGUAGGAUUUACCCUCUUUAGAGGAAGGCACAGCAGCCCUCCUUGGGCAGGGGGAUGAUUUGCAGUAACACAAGGUCUGUUGGAUAGGGGUGGGGAGAACACAGAUGCUCAGCAUUUAGGGUCAGCUAAUCAAAGCAAGGAGACUCAGAUAAAAAAAUUUCUAUUCGCAUAUCCCUGGUGUGCUAAAGCACUAGAGAGAAAUCUCAGAACAGUAUGUGUCAUCCUGCAUCCCAGUAUGCUGUCAUAUCUAAACCCACUGGAGUGAGCCAAAGAGACAGCGUUAACUGUCUGGAAACUAGACUGGUGUGUUCAUUCACACCAUGCAGUGGUAUUCGGGUAGCUUUCCGACAGGGCAGACCAGAUAGUGUCCUGUCAUAUGUUCUAUUGCUGCCCUCUGUGUUGGAGUAUUCCUGUUAGAAUGCCUAAACCAAAAAUGUCUGCUAGUGGUGAGUCUUGAUGAGCCACGACAAGACAGGUACUAGCUAUAGAGUAAUACAUCACUCGGUUAUUUCAGUUGUUAAGAUUAAGUAUGGUGCUGCAGAAACAUCCCUGCUAGUGUAACAAAGUGGCUAAUGGAGGAAAGCAAAUGUGAUUUAACUCCUUUUAGAUCUUUCAAAGGCGAGUUAAGCAGCUGUUCAGUGUGUCCUUUGGGAAUACAAGUCCAGCCUAACAGCAUGUUUCUCCUAUAACAAGGUCAAACCCUUUUGCUAAUGAGCUGAGUUUCCAUUACUGUCCUAGCAAUCUGCCAUUCCAUCUAUUGUACGGAGGCUCUAGGUUAGUUUACAGCAGCCCCCUACAGUUGAGAACUCCCAGUGGCUGCAAACGUCCCUAUUUAUCAUAAUCCAUAUGGAAGAUUGGGAAGUCAUGAAGAGCUUAUGUAAUUAAUCUGUAGUUACAUGGAUCGGUUUUUUGAUUUAGACAACUCUAAUGCAAUCGUAGGAUGCAUUAGACUAGGUAUUUCCAGUAGAUAUGAGGAAGUGUUAUUGCCAUCAUACAAGGCACUGGUGAGACCUCUUCUGGAACACCGUGCUAUUCUGGUCUUCCAUGUUUAAGGAACAUGAAUUCAAACUGCAACCUGUAGUCCUUAUCUGCAUGAUCAGAGGAAUGGAGAAUCUACCUGAAGAGAGGAGACUUAAGGAACUUUUCUUGUUUAGCCUAACAAGGUGAAGGGUUUGGGGGAGAGAUGAUUGCUCUCUUUAAAUACAUCUGAGGGAUAAAAACCAGGGAGGGAGAGGAGUUAUUUAAGUUAAGGGCCAAUGUUGGCGCAAGAACAAAUGGCUAUAAACUGGCCAUCGAUAACUUUAGGCUUGACAUUAGCUCAAGGAUUCUAACCAUCAGAGGAGUGAAGUUCUGGAGCUGCCUUCCAAGGGGAGACAUAGGGGUAAAAAACCCUAACGUUUAUGAGGGGUGCCUACAAUGGUAGAUGGCCCAUCCGCGACUGCUAUUAGCAAGUAUCUUCAAUGGCCAGGGAUGGAACACUAGAAGAUGUGAUGAUGAUCAGAUCCCAAAUGAUAAAGAGAGAUUUGCCAGGUCUGAUGAUGAGCAGAGUUCAGCGGAUAAGGAAAGACUUGCCAGGGAGAAUCACAGCGAGAUAGAGCGCAGGCGUAGGAACAAGAUGACUGCCUACAUCACGGAGCUGUCAGACAUGGUGCCCACCUGCAGUGCCCUGGCUCGCAAGCCUGACAAGCUGACUAUCUUGCGUAUGGCUGUGUCUCACAUGAAGUCUUUGCGGGGCACUGGCAACACUUCCACUGAUGGCACCUACAAACCCUCAUUUCUCACUGAUCAGGAACUCAAACACUUGAUUCUAGAAGCAGCCGAUGGCUUUCUGUUCAUAGUGUCUUGUGAGACCGGAAGGGUGGUAUAUGUCUCGGACUCGGUGACUCCCGUCCUGAACCAGCCGCAGUCCGAAUGGUUUAGCGGCACCCUGUAUGACCAGGUGCAUCCUGACGAUGUGGACAAACUGAGGGAACAGCUCUCCACCUCGGAGAAUGCUCUGACAGGCCGAAUCCUUGAUCUAAAGACUGGGACAGUCAAGAAGGAAGGCCAGCAAUCCAUGAGAAUGUGCAUGGGCUCAAGGAGAUCCUUCAUAUGUCGAAUGAGGUGUGGCAACAGCUCAGUGGAUCCAGCCUCCAUGAAUAGACUCAGCUUCGUGAGGAGCCGAUGCAGGAGUGGCUUGGGUGCAGUGAAAGAUGGGGAGCCCCAUUAUGUGGUGGUGCACUGCACAGGGUAUAUAAAAGCCUGGCCCCCAGCAGGUGUCUCAUUGCCAGACGAUGACCCGGAUGCUGGCCAGGGGAGCAAAUUUUGCCUUGUAGCCAUUGGCAGACUACAGGUCACUAGCUCACCCAACUGCACAGACCUGAACAGCAUUUGUCAGCCAACUGAGUUCAUCUCCCGACACAACACCGAAGGCAUUUUCACCUUCGUAGAUCACCGCUGUGUGGCUACUGUUGGCUACCAACCACAGGAACUCUUGGGGAAAGAUAUUGUAGAUUUCUGCCAUCCAGAAGACCAGCAGCUUUUGCGGGACAGCUUUCAGCAGGUGGUGAAGUUAAAAGGCCAGGUUCUGUCAGUCAUGUUCCGAUUCCGGUCCAAAAACCGUGAAUGGCUCUGGAUGAGAACCAGCUCCUUUUCCUUCCAGAACCCCUACUCAGAUGAGAUUGAGUACAUCAUCUGUACCAACACCAACGUUAAGAACUCAAGCCAAGAGUCUCGGCCUGCUGUGUCUAACUCGAUGCAGCGGCCACAGCAAGGACAGAAUGUCAGCCUCCCCCUGGACAUGGGCACAGCUCAGCUGGCAUCAAGGCAGCAGCAGCCACAACAGACUGUGCUGGAAGUGGUCCCAGGAAGAGAGAGUCUGUCCAGUUAUGACCACUCACAGGUUGCUGCCCAGCCUGUGACUGCUGCUGGCCCAGAACGCAGCAAACCACUGGAGAAAACGGAAGCUCUGUUUAGUCAGGAGAGGGACCCACGGUUCAGUGAAAUCUACUCUGGCAUCAAUACAGAUCCGAGCAAAGUCCUUCCUGCCAGCACAGUGCCGGCCAAUCAGCCACUCUUCCCCCAGGGAAACACUUUCACUCCUGCGCGGCCCACCGAAAGUUUCAGGAGCAGUAGCAUGGUACCCCCUGUCGUCAACAUCCAGCACCAGCCUGUUUCAGCAGGCCAGAUUUUAGCACAGAUUUCUCGCCACUCCAAUACCACUCCAGUCACUGCAACCAACUGGGUGUCAGCGACACGACCGUCGUUCACGGCACAGCAAGUGGCUUCCCAGACUGCAAAGACUCGAUCCUCUUCAUUUGGAAUAGGGAGUUUCCAAGGCACCCCUUCCUCUUUCAGUCCAAUGUCAGCACCUGGUUCCACAGCUUCCCCAGGCGGGGCUGCUUAUCCACCCCUCGCCAACCGCGGCACAGGCUUUGCCACUGAAACUGGGCAGACCCCAGCCCAGUUUCAGACACGGACAGCGGAAGGAGUUGGCAUGUGGCCUCAGUGGCCAGGACAACACCAUGGGCGGAGCUCUGGGGAGCAGCACGUCCAGCAGCAGCCGAGCCAGCCUGAGGUCUUCCCAGACAUGCUGUCAAUGCUGGGAGACCAGGGAACCAACUACAGCAAUGAAGAAUUCCCCGACUUAAAUAUAUUCCCUGCCUUUUCAGAGUAAAAUUUAAAAAAAAAAAACAAAAAAAAACCCCUUAUAUAAAUAUCUACAUGUAAAGGAAAAAGCACCUAAGUCUUUUUUCUCAGACCCCUGAACUUUCUAAACACUUCCUACUUCCUGGAGUGGAAAUUUCCAACCAAGAAUCCAGAAUGGACAGCUUGUCCCGAAGGAGGAGGCGGGGUCUCUGCAAUGUUGCCAGCCCUGCAUGGAAGAUGCAUGGGAUUGUUCAUCAGGCGGCGUCAGGACUCAUGAAGCAUUGGCGAGUGCAGGAGAGAGACUCCCACAGACUGCGGGAUGCAUGCAAGAGGCUUACUCUGUGCACUGGGUUGGGAGGAGAGACUCCUGGCUCCUUCAGAAAGCACCUCCCAAAGUUCAUGAGGUGUUUUUUGAAAAGUUUCAGUCUUCGAUACUGUAACUUUUUUAAAGACUUAUUGUAACUGCUUAAAUAUUGGAACCUUUUUCUCAAAUGUUACCCUAGAAUCGAGUUAUAAAGGGUUAACACACGCUGGGGAUUACAAAUCCUUCUUGGCUUACCCAGCCUUUCUCACUGAGACUCCAGGUCACCUCAGCAAGGAAGCUUUUGUGUCAUCUCUCUGGAGAGGGAAGAGUAGGGUUAUUACAGGCUCCCUGGCUUGUGAUCGGGGUGUGUUUGAGGAGCUUCCAUGUUCAGGGGAGCUUAGCUUUGGAAGAACGUGUUGUUUGAAAUCCCAUCUCUCUUCCAUAAACAGUGCAAUUAAUAUGGGUAUUUUAGUUAGCAUGACCUAUAAACUUGGGGAUUUUUCAUUCACUUAAAGAUGGGAAAAUAAUGAGCCAUAAAGUGUUAAAUUAUCAUAUGUAGCUUUGCUUUCUAGAUGCACCAGUCCACAAGUGGUGGCUUCAGUGCUGCCAUAAACCAGUGUUAAAACGGGUUUUCAGUGAGUGUAUCUAUUAAGACUAAUGUGGCACUUUUAGUGCAACUUUACCAUUUUUAUCUCCUUUCCCACAAUCUCCAUUUCUGAGUUGUAGGCCCAGCUCCUGUUGGAAACAGACUCUUCUGCCUCUCUCGCUUCUGGGUAAGGGAUCUAGUAAAUAGCCAAGAGUUGUGCUCUUCACUCAGCUAUCAGAGUGGCAAUCUCCAGUCUAAUGUUCCCUGAUCCCUUAAAGAACUUCUUACUGCCAGGUGCUGAUCUAUUGCCAAAAUACAAAAUGGAGGAGAGUGAGACAGGUAUUUAACUUGAAGAUUCAAGCCUUGUGUUCACAUUUUUUGGCACCUUCCCUGGAAAAACUUGUGGCAAACUUCACGCUCCCUCCUGGCCCUGUUUUCUAAAAAGUGAUGGUGAAACCGUACCCAUGGCAAGAAUUUGCUGCUUGCAUUCAGUAAGUAGAUCUGUCUGCUGUUGGGUUCAGCACUUGGAAACUAACUCUCCAAUGCUGUAGUGGAAAAUCAGAAUCUUUCCUGAAAAGGGGAAUCUGUUUUUCUUCAGGAUUAAAUGUGUUGGAAGCUGGUCUUGUUCCUUUAAAGCAUGCACGCUGUUCCAUGUUAAAUGAGAUUAAGGAUGCUGACCUCCUGGAAUGCCUUGGGGUGACCAUCUUUCAGCCAGUAAGGUCAGAGCUAGACAAAUAAUGGAAUUUCCACUGGUUGGCAAUUUUGCAAAAGUAAAGAAGAAAUUUGGCUGGGUCAAAUUUACCAUUUCAUUUUGAUUGUGAGUAAUUUCAAGCUUCUGAGUUU